AUCAGAUAUGCCCAAAAUGUUACAGAGGUAACACUGAAUCAAGGAUGCUGUUACCAGUCUGUGCCUUGAGAGGAAGGCACGAAUAGCCUAGCAGCCGCGAGAGCAGCAGCGUUCUCAGAAGCAGUCACAUAAACAGCAGCAGGAGUAGGCCUCCUCGUUUCAAAAGCAGAAUACUGCAGGGUCGUGAAAUGCAAGAUUCUCUGAUGUUUGAAAACCUCCUGAGUUGAGAAUGGCUCCUGUAAAAACGUUGCCAAGAAACUCCAAUGAUUUGGACAGUCAUAACUAUGUGUUAGCAAUAAUAGUUCCUUCAGGAAAAUAAAUGCUACUUUUUGUAGAUUUUUGCAAAAAGGCAACCCUGUGAAGAAGAAGAUCUCAAAUCACCCGACAAAAAAGAAACAGGGAGAACAAAGUUUUGGCAUGCCUGCAGGAACGGUGGUUUUUGUCAGAAACUACCUAGGAGGCAGAAGCUAAGUGUUGACUUGCCCAUCAGUGCCUCUUACCUGGAAGUAGAAGGUGGGAAGAAAUGGACAGUAGCUGUGACAAGAAGAAAAGGCACAGAGCAGCUCGGUGAAGCCACGCGCUGACUGCGUUCUGCCCCCUCUUCAUGCAGUGCUGCGGGCUGGUGCAUCGCCGGCGAGUACGGGUGUCCUAUGGUUCGGCAGACUCUUACACCAGCCGUCCAUCCGAUUCCGAUGUCUCUCUGGAGGAGGACCGGGAGGCAGUGCGCAGAGAAGCUGAGCGACAGGCCCAGGCACAGUUGGAAAAAGCAAAGACAAAACCCGUUGCAUUUGCAGUUCGGACAAAUGUCAGCUACAGUGCAGCCCAUGAAGAUGAUGUCCCGGUGCCAGGCAUGGCCAUCUCAUUUGAAGCAAAAGAUUUUCUGCAUGUUAAGGAAAAAUUUAACAAUGACUGGUGGAUAGGGCGACUGGUUAAAGAAGGCUGUGAAAUCGGAUUCAUUCCAAGCCCAGUCAAACUAGAAAACAUGAGGCUACAGCAUGAACAGAGAGCCAAGCAAGGGAAAUUCUACUCCAGUAAAUCAGGAGGAAAUUCAUCGUCCAGUUUGGGUGACAUAGUACCUAGUUCCAGAAAAUCUACACCUCCAUCAUCUGCUAUAGACAUAGAUGCUACUGGCUUAGAUGCAGAAGAAAAUGAUAUUCCAGCAAACCACCGCUCCCCUAAACCCAGUGCAAACAGUGUAACGUCACCCCACUCCAAAGAGAAAAGAAUGCCCUUCUUUAAGAAGACAGAGCACACUUCUCCUUAUGAUGUGGUACCUUCCAUGCGACCAGUGGUCCUGGUGGGCCCUUCUCUGAAGGGGUACGAGGUCACAGAUAUGAUGCAAAAAGCGUUGUUUGAUUUUUUAAAACACAGAUUUGAAGGGCGGAUAUCCAUCACAAGAGUCACCGCUGACAUCUCGCUUGCCAAACGCUCAGUAUUAAACAAUCCUAGUAAGCAUGCAAUAAUAGAAAGAUCCAACACAAGGUCAAGCUUAGCGGAAGUGCAGAGUGAAAUUGAAAGAAUUUUUGAACUUGCAAGAACACUGCAAUUGGUAGUCCUUGAUGCAGAUACUAUUAAUCAUCCAGCUCAACUCAGUAAAACCUCUUUGGCCCCUAUUAUAGUAUAUGUAAAGAUUUCUUCUCCUAAGGUUUUACAGAGGUUAAUAAAAUCUCGAGGGAAAUCUCAAGCUAAACACCUCAAUGUCCAGAUGGUAGCAGCUGAUAAACUGGCUCAGUGUCCUCCAGAAUUGUUUGAUGUGAUCUUGGAUGAGAACCAGCUUGAGGAUGCUUGUGAGCACCUUGCCGACUAUCUGGAGGCCUACUGGAAGGCCACCCAUCCUCCCAGCAGCAAUCUCCCCAACCCUCUCCUUAGCCGUACUUUAGCCACUUCAACUCUGCCUAUUAGCCCCACCUUAGCCUCUAAUUCACAGGGUUCUCAAGGUGAUCAGAGGACUGAUCGCUCCGCUCCUGCCCGUUCUGCUUCCCAAGCUGAAGAAGAACCUUGCCCGGAACUAGUCAAGAAAUCCCAGCACCGUUCCUCCUCCUCAGCCUCACACCACAACCAUCGCAGUGGUACAAGUCGAGGCCUCUCCAGGCAAGAGACAUUUGACUCAGAAACCCAGGACAGUCGAGAUUCUGCCUACGUGGAACCCAAGGAAGAUUAUUCCCAUGAACACAUGGACCAUUAUGUCUCACACCGUGACCAUAACCACAGGGAUGAGACCCACGGGAGCAGUGACCACAGACACCGGGAGUCUCGGCACCGUUCUAGGGACACGGAUCGAGAGCAGGACCACAAUGAGUGCAACAAACAACGAAGCCGUCAUAAAUCCAAGGAUCGCUACUGUGACAAGGACGGAGAAGUAAUAUCCAAAAAACGGAAUGAGGCUGGGGAGUGGAACAGGGAUGUUUACAUCCGCCAAUGACUUCUGACCUUUUUUUUUUUUUUGAAGUCUUGCAUAACAGCACCCUCAAACAAAAUCUUUGGGAGUCUACAUUGCAAUCAUAUGUGAUCUGUCUCGUAUAUUUUGUAUUGCUGUUGCUUAGAUAGCAAUAGCAUGAAAUAGAGUAUUAAAAUACUUUUUCUUUUGUAAGUGCUAUAUAAAUUGGCCUGGUAUGGCUGCAGUCCUCCGAUUGUAUACUGAACUCUUCAAAAACUGUUUUGGGUCGCUGCCACUUGAACAAAAUUGGUUGCCAUCCAGGUGAUGUUAGUGUUUUAAGAAAUGUAGUUCAUGUAUCCAGCAAGCCAGAAUCAGCACGGAUAAAAAGUGGAAUUUCUUGUUUCUCCAGAUUUUUAAUACGUAGGCACCUGAUUUGCAUAUUCAUUCAUUCAUGGACCACUGUUUCUUGCUUGUACCUCUGGCUGACUAAAUUUGGGGACAGAUUCAGUCUUGCCUUACACAAAGGGGAUCAUAAAGUUAGAAUCUAUUUUCUAUGUACUAGUACUGUGUACUGUAUAGACAGUUUGUAAAUGUUAUUUCUGCAAACACCUUCUUAUUAUAAUUAUAUAAAAUAUAUAUAUAUCAGUUUGAUCACACUAUUUUAGAGUCUUAAUGCCAAGUCAGCAGAUUUGCUUUAUGAAUUACAGGGAAUAGAAAUGCCCACAUUCAGGAAAUUUGUAAUAACAUUGUCUAGACACCUAUCCCCAUUCUAGUAGAAAGUCUGUACAUACUGUAAAUAUGUGUGAUUGCUUGACUUGACAAGAUUCGAUUUCUGAACGUUAUACCAUCCUUGGAAGUUUAUAAUCUUGACCAUAAGUUAUCAUAAACAUAACCAAACUCUAGAGGUUGUUCUACUCCAUACAGUUCACACUGAUUGUGACAAACACAUUCUUAGUAAAUAGUGUCUGUUAUAGUCACUGCACUGGAGUAUAUGAGCCGGAACCUGCUGUCUGUGUCUGUAUGUAAGAGUGUGCACGAGUGAUUGGGAGAGAUGAAUUGGAAUACUGAAGACUAAUGAGAAAACUAGAUACCAAUAUCUAGAAUUCUGCCCACCUGACUUUGUAUUUAAUUGUGCUGUAUGUUGCUUUAAUAAUCCAUUGAGCAUCAGGGAAUGUGAGGAAGCUUGCUGCCAAAGGUAACUAUGAAAGCAUUCAUCUGCUGGCUCCUUAUUUUGCUCCUAGAGAGUAAAAAUACAGGCAACUUUUACUGUGAGUGUUUCACUGGAAAUGUACAAUCUUUGUGUGUUUGAGUAUUUGUUUUAGUAAGAAACGUUUACACAGCUUGUGGAAUUAUUCAUGGGAAAAUAAAUUUUUAUAACUUCUCCCACCUCAUUUUCUAACCUUGCCUAUCGUUCCUGUUUAUCUCCCAGUUACCUAUCACUCCUCCCCCACCACCACCUUGAACGGUUUUACUGUCAGAACCCAGAAGUGCUUCUUAUAACCAAAGUUUCUGCUCUUCAGAAGUAAUCAGGGCAAAAUGGGGCGACUUGUAGUAAAUAAAAUAUUAAGAAUAUUUUCCUACAUCAGACAUUUACUCUGAAGGGGAACCUAGAAGAUAUUAUCUCCACACCUCAAUCACACUGCUCUAAGACACUUAAAGUGUUAUCAUGUUAACGGUAAAACCUUUUCCAUGUCUCAAGUGUACAUUCAUUUUGUCCAGUUAUGACUGGAUAGAUAAGACAGUAUCAGGUGUGCAAGUACCUAGUACCUGAAGUUUGUCCCAGGAAAAUGCCUAGCUAUAAUUGCCUAACUUCAGAUUUGUACAUUAACAAAAUAGUGGUUAUAAUUAUUUUUUGUUUUGCUUCCUUGAUUAUUAGGUUCUUGCCAAAUAUUCUUAGACUUUUCCCCUUCCCCUAAGAAAACCCUAAGAAUUUAAAAAAUGAGUUACAUAUUUAGUGUUUUAUCAACUAAUAUAUGAAAAAUUUUCCUUGGAAUCAACUUGUUAAUUAGCUCUGUACUGUCUACAUAAAUUUAUUCUAUACAAGAACAGUCAUAUAUAUUAGUUUUUGACAGAGAAUUUUCACAUCAUUGGGAAACUAUAUUCCAAUUAAAAUUGCUUUUAUAAAUAUUUCUGAUAAACUUUUAUCAUGGUAAGAGACCAGUCCGAUGCUUUCCUACACAUUCUUUCAUUACAAUUAAUGACUUUUGAAUAUUUAAAUUCUUGGAGUAUAACUGGUAUUUAUCUUACUUGAUACUAUCAUCAAUCCCUUUUAAAUAGUAGUGUUAACAAAUUCCACCUUUCUUUAUUUUGUACCUGGAUUCUUAGUUUCUCACCUUAUGGUGGAACAUGUUAGAACAAAUCAGAGUAUUCCUCAAAACACUAUAUUGAAGGAUUUGACAUAAGAGCAUCUACAUGUGAAAACUGUAUAGUAGGCAUAUGUGUACACACUGUAUAGUAAAUUUGUAAAUGAAGAAAUAACCCCCAAAACAAUGGGAUAUUUAAAAACUUGUGGAAUGUAAAAUUAUAGUCUUUUCACACAGCAAAGGCUUAAUCUUAACCUACUCAAUUGUAGAAUGAUUUUUGUAGACAACCUAGAAAAUGCUGGAAAUGUGCUUAAUAGUUCUACGUUCUGUCAUACCCAUUUCAGUUUUUCCUAUGCUCUUUCUCUACUGCUCAUUUAAGUUACUGUUAUGAAAAGGUGCUGCUAAAUGUAGGAUGUCUUAGUCAUAUUGUACUUUGUGAUAAUGCCACAUUUUUAACAUGGUCUGCUAUGCAUUCCUGUUAAACAAACAUUCACUGUCAGCUACACUGAACUGUUUAACAAACUUGGUUUAGUCAUUCAUAUAAAACAAAUAAAGAGCUGGCUUCUGCACUGUU